AUUUUUAGUUAUUUUUAUAAAUUACAUGUAUAACAUAGACAAGUAAACUUAAAAUGCAAUAUUAUUAGUCGUAGUUUUCUGUGGUGUUAGUGAUCAAAUGUUCCGUAUAAAAUCAAAUUGGGUGAUACAGUUCCCGAAUGUCAUUCUCAAAUUUUUCUCAGUCCUCAGCUAUGGACAUUGAUGGUCCUAGUCCUAGCAGUGGACCUGGUACAUUAAAAAGAUGCUCUAGUGCUCCGAUGAUUAAUGAAUCUUCUACAAGUGUAAUGACUACCAGCCCUUCCUCUUCCAACAGAGAACUGCAGCCUUUUUCGUUUGGUUCGUCGCAAAUGAGGACUAGAAGAUUCAGUGCUAGUUUUAGUCAAGUGCCCGGAUCGCCUGUACUGGGUCCUCGACUGACACCUCGAAUCAAUCAACUGCGCCAAGAGGAACAUGAGGGUAUUAGCAAUACACGUGAAUUGGCACACGAGCGGGAAAUCCACCACGCGAUGCAAAUUUCACAAUCCUGGGAAGAUCUCAGCCUUAUGAACGAUUCUAACGAUACAGCAAAGAAUAACCGUUUAGGAUCUCUGCAACUAAAUUUACAAGUUGGAGGAGGAAAUAUUUUUACAUGCAAUUCACCUUCACCCACGAGAAUGGGUUUCCAAAGCCCUACGAGGUCUCGGACGAUUGUAAGAAGAAGUGCUAGUCCAGUUCUACGUCCUAGUCCAUUAGGAGUUAAACGGAAACUCGACGAUGUUGAUUAUCACCUUAGCCCGCGAGCAAAGAGGGUCUACAGUUACUCAGGUGGUGCUGAUAGGGGAGGAUUGCUCACCACUAUAGGUACUUCUCAUCCCGGAUCUCUCAGCUCAGUCGGUACUCCCGAAUCUCUUUCCAGCGCAGAUUCUCCCGGCUUUAACAACUUCAGAAAUAUCGACAGUCCCUCACCGGGUCGUGCAAUGCCUAUCGACUCAUUAUCUUUGUCGAAAAACGACCAAGAAAUGUCGGAAAGCCCCAGUUAAACUGAGGUCUAUUAUUUUUAGGUUUUAUUGUUUUUGUUUGCGCGUUCGGCUGGAACCGGUACUGCCGUAUAUUAAACGAAACCUUUGGGGUUUCCGCGUGAUGUGCCAAUUUUGUUAAAGUUUAUUAUCCAAAAACAAUUGAUAUUAUUAAAGGAACACUUGCCAGGCAGUUCUACGACGAGAAUAUUUUGAUUAGGUGCAACUGUGAUAUGAAGACAGUAGGAUACCGCAGGAUUCUAUUAGAAUGUAGUUCCAAAAUGGAAAUAUCGGAUGACUUGCCUACAGAAAUUACGCUCGAGGGUGGAUCAAAUUGAAACGCAUUUUAAAAUAUGCCAAAUAUGUUUAUAAAUAUAUUUUAAUAUAAAUUUUACGUAAACGCUUACUACCGAG